AUGAAUUUUGCUUCGAGGACAAUUAAGUCAUUUAGUCCACAUUUAAAUUUUCAAAGAAAUACAUGGAUUUUAAAAAGACUUGUUGUUCCAGAAGCAACACCACCAGGUAAACAUCAACGAAAUCCAAAUGAACUUCCAGAGUUACAACGAUUUGACGUUGUUGAAAAUACAUCAAAUACCGCUGCUGGAGAUCUUAAAGUUAUCCUACUUUGUGAUGUAGAGGGAAUUGGCCAUCAAUUUGAUAUUGUAUCUGUUAAUAGAAAAUUGGCAAGGACGGAUUUACUUUUAUCAGGAAAAGCAGCUUACGCUUCUCCAUUUGAUUUAGAUUAUUUUGCCAAAAAGAAAGAAUCUAUGAAAGAUGAAUUAGCUAAACGUGUAAGAAUUCCAUUUGAAUAUAUAAAACUAAAACGCGAGUUAACAAAAGAAGUUUUUCCUAUAUAUGUUUCUUUGGAAAAUGAGUGGAAGCUUAAUAAUGAAAUUUUAAAAUGUUCAUUACUUUUUAAUGGAAUAUCUGUUAAAGAUGAUUGUAUUAAAAUUACUGGAGAAGAAAUUAGUGGUCCAAAUGUUGAGUAUGAAGGAAAAAUUGUUGAAUUUGAUGUAGUUAUAAAUAAAGAAUAUACUAUAUCUAUGAAGGGUAAAAUAUCACAUAUAUCUAAAGAUGAUAAAAAACAAAUAUUAUAUCCAUAG